AGCAAGGACAGUUCUCACUCGCGUAUAUCUGGAGUGCCAAGGAAAUGAGGGCCGACAUCGAAGUCUUCAUCUGUAUCUUACUCACCUUCCCGUUUUUUGCGAGAUCAGUAAAUCUUGGGGCCGCUUGCCAAAAUAUGUGGAAUAACGCUGGAAAUAACUUGAUCUUUCCUGGAGAAUUAACUGUUAAUCCGGUGGCCAACGCAAACCCGUUGUUUACGGUUGUUCCAGGAGCAGGAGGAGUUGGAAAAGUCGCUUCUCCUGUAUUUCAGCGAUUCCGAGACUUGAUGGUUGAUUACCAAGCUGCACAGCCUGCUCCCACUCAGCAACAUAUAAAUGACUUCUUAACUGCAGUAACCCAACCAGGUGGACCUAUGCAGGCGGCACUCAAUUAUUUAUUAACUCAGCCGGGAUCAUUGCCUGCAGGCGUGGCAAACUUACAACAGUUUAGACCUGUUUUGGAGGCACUAUGGUUCCAACACAGCAAUGGAUUUAAACAUGUUUUUGUUGGCAAUCACAUAAACGCCAACGAUUUCAAUGGAUUUCACAAUUGGUACCAGUUCUAUCUUGAACAAGGGAGAAACCCAACUCAGACAACAAAUAUCGCUUUCAACCAACCCGCACAUCUGCCGCCCUUCGUGGGGAAUAGACUGCCAUUUUUUCUGCGAGGACUAACGUUCACAUGGAGAGGGGCGAACAAAAUACCAGCGGGCACCAGCAGCUGCAUGUUCGUUGGAACCAGCCCAGCAUUUGAUUUGGCCAUGUUUACUGCUUGUGUAUUGAGGGGACGUGCACCCGGAGGAGGAGUAAUAGGAGGAAACGGCAAUAGAGUAACAGACUGUGAAUGCAACAUCCACGUACCGGCCUCAGGGUUACCGCAGAGCCUGGUACGAUUUAGGACCGUCGAGAACCCACAUAAUGCAAGGGUUGUCACAGCCUAUCCAAGAAAUGUUCAAUAGACGAAAGGUUACCGUCUUGUAUUA